GUCAACGUAAACCCGACAGCCAAUAGGGACCUAUCUUCAUCACUUUCCUCCAUGCCUGAACAGUCUUUCGAGCAGACACCAUCAAGGCGGGACAAUCUGCCUAGUUUAAUGGAGACGCCGCCCCUGUCACAACAAGCUUUUCCCUUAGUGGAGCCUACCGCGAGCUCACCAUCCCCACUUGACUGGCUGUCUUCCCAUUAUCUCCCCAGCUCAUCGAGAAUCGCGAUGCUAGUCGAAGAAUAUCUUAAGAACAUCCACCCUCUGCGAGCCUUCGCUUUCAUCCACAAGCCUGCUUUUCUCCGCCGAUUGGAUGGAAAGCUCUCAAAGAACUACCACAAUAAUGCUCUUUUACAUGUGAUAUGUGCAUUGGGAGCCCAGUUUUAUGCUCUAUCAUACAGCGAGACGACAGCGCCACUAGAAUCAAAAUUUAUCCUUCUGGCAGGCACGCAAUGGGCUAAAACUGCGCAACGACUCAUCCUUGAGACCAUAGAUCGUGUAACUAUUGAAAGUCUAAUGCCUAGAAAGGCAUCUGUUCUGCUUCAUGAUUAUGCGGUUCGAAUGGGGAAUUUUGCAAACGCAUUCAUGUUGAGUGGACUUACUACACGAAUGACCCAGGCGCUACAGAUCAAUUUGGAAUACAACACCGACAUCCUCUGCCAGGAUACGGACCAUGGCCUACCUGUUACAGAAAAGGAGUCUCGUCGGCGGUUGAUGUGGAGCUGUUAUAUCAUGGAUGCGCUCGUUGGCAGCGGGGUAGACCAGCUGAUGCUGAUGGAUGAAAGAGAUAUCAAGAUUCAGCUCCCAUGCAACGAGCGGAAUUUCACUCAGCAGGUUCCAUGCCUAACGGAAACUUUAUCUCCCGGAAGCUGGCUCAAAAUACUACCGGAAAAUAUAGAUACAAAGACUCUGUUGCCCAACAUGGGCAUAAUGGCAUAUUUCAUUCGACAAAUCUCGAUCCGCAAAAGAGUUCUCAGAUACAUCAAGCAUUUGGGAGACGCUAUGGUCCCUUGGGAGCCUGCGUCGGAAUUUGCGCGUUUAGAUUCAGAUUGCCGGGCAUGGUAUGACUCUCUACCGGCAAGUCUACAAUUCACACCCGAUGCAAUAUACAUUCGCAAAGACACUUCGCAGCUAGGCGCCCUAUGUUUGCUCCAUUGUACUCACUAUCAAACCAUAUGCGACCUGUAUCGAUUAGGGGCUCCGGCGCUUUACAAACUUCGAGCCGCUUUUGACUUUCCGCCUGAACAAGGGGAGUUUCUUGGGCAUCUGCAACAAGUUCUUUUUGAUUCAGCCCGGGCUUUGGCGACCAUCAUAGGUCAGACGGCUGCGCAUGGCCCUCAAAUGUUGGCCGACUCCUGGCUUCCCACCAUCGCUUAUGACAGUUGCCGGAUCAUGGUAUAUCAUUUGACUCACAUUCUAGAUCCGCGUUCAGAGAAUGCAAAGGCUCUGGUACUGGCUGCAAUUCCCCUGCUGCGUAGUAACAUCAACGCGCUUAAGUCAAUGGGAUCACUCAAUGCUAUCGCCAUUUCACUUUCCUCCGCGGCAGAAACCAUGCUUGCUCGCUCUGGCAUCGAGUCCGAGGCGGUUACACGGAACAUCAUACCCGAUGAUCCAUAUCAGUCAGCCGAGGAGGAAGACGGGAGUGACGACCUUCGACGACCUCCAGUUCAAAGUGCGCCUGAUUACGUCCUAAACCCGCUCACGAUUUUCCGAAUGGCCCGCAAAUCUAUACCAGAGCGACAUGCCCCCGAAAAGGCGGGCAGUACGUCCGCAUCUAAUAGCGUGCUCCCUGAAAGUAGUGUCAAUAUUGAUCAUUCCCCUUCUGAACUAGUGAGUGAUGCCGGGGCGGUCAAUGGUCCAGCUGAGUUAGAAGUUGAGCAGCCAAGCCUUGAGGAGCUGCAAAAUUUAUUUAUGUCUGAUCUUGGAUGGGCGUGGCAGCCAGCAGACACGGCAGUUGGAUCAGGAACUGAGGGGGGUGGCCUAUUGCCAUGGGCAGGUGGAUAUCCGACCACCCAGCCACAACCCUGGUUACCUGUGUUUCCAUUUCCCCAGCAAAGCUGA